AUGACUGAAUUAAAUCAAAUUACAGUGCAAUUCUUAAAGAAUUUAACAAUACUUAUAAAGAUAACUAUAAAAUUAAAACUAAAAGUGAUUCUAUCAUUUUUUCAACAAUUAGAAAGUGAAGAUAAUAAAGACAAUAUUUAUGAAUAUUCUGAAAGCUCAAAUGGGAAUAAUGAUAGUAACAUUAAUGAUGAUAAAGAAAUCUCAAAAUUAUAUGAUGCUUAA